UCUCCCACAGAUCCAAAACAACUUUUUUGUUGUAUUCUAAAACAAGUGACCUUUUUUUUCUCGACCUUUUUGUUGUAUCAUCCCUAAUAAAAAUAAAAAACGACAUCAGGGUUUGGAAAACGACAUCGUUUUUGGCAUAAUUUGGCAAGGGUUUUAGAAUCCCAGACCAGAAUUUGGGGCUUGGCUUUCUCAGAUUCACCACCAUGCUUUCCCGUCUUCUCCCUAAACCCUCUCAUCUUCGAACCCUAACCCUAAUUUCCUCAAACUUCACUUCUCAUCUCAAACCUCAAAUCUCAUCAUCUCCAUCCAAUUCCAAAACCCCAACUUUCAUUUCCACUCCCAGAUUCUUCUCUUCCUCAUCCUCCAAUCGCAACAACAAUGGCGGGGAUCAAUCCGAGACCAAUGUCUGGAAGCUUUCUCAGGAAACUGAAGGAAAGUUCGACCCUUUGUUUGAAGAUAAUUCUAAGACCGUCGGAAUUGAACCCGGAGAGGCUGAUUCGUGGUUGAAAACCGGGGACGGUGAGUGGGAAACUGCGGAAGGGUAUAAGCCGUGGAGCUUAGAGGAAGAGGAGAAAACCGAUUUGUUUGAUACUGGGGAUUAUGUGAGUAGUGUUGGUGAAGCUGAGAUUGAGGUUAGUAAUGAGAAGGAUAGAGAUGAAGAGUUGCAGAUGCUUCAAGAAGAGGAACAACAACUCUCUGUUAUAAUCAAAGGUCCAAAUCGUGCUUUUGGUGAUCUUAUUGCUGCAUCUGGGAUCACCGAUGACAUGCUUGACAGUUUGAUUGCUCUAAAGGAUUUGGAAGGAGUUGAGGGAUUGCCCCCUUUAAGUGAACUAGAAGAUUUGAGAUAUGAGAAAACUACAAGGAAAUCUUCAAGAGCAGAAAUAGAGCGUCAGAAGCAGGAGGAAGCUGCUAAAGCUAGAGUCAGGCAAGUAGAUGACAAAGGAAGGUCUUAUGGUACAGGAAGAAGGAAAUGUAGUGUUGCCCGUGUUUGGAUUGAACCUGGUGAUGGUAAAUUCCUUGUUAAUGAAAAAGAAUUUGAUGUCUAUUUUCCAAUGCUCGAUCAUCGUGCUGCCCUCCUUCGGCCUUUCUCUGAGACAAAAACUUUGGGGCUUUGGGAUGUUACUUGUACUGUCAAAGGAGGUGGUACAACAGGCCAAGUUGGAGCUGUUCUUUUGGGGAUCAGUAGGGCGCUGCAAAACUGGGAACCAGAUUUGCGCCCUCCGCUAAGAGAUGCCGGUUUCUUGACGAGGGACCCUCGAAUGGUGGAAAGGAAAAAACCAGGAAAGGCAAAAGCAAGAAAGAGCUACCAAUGGGUCAAGCGUUGAUCAGUCUUCACUUUCCAACAUUUUUUGUUAUUUUAUUUUUUGUUAUCCAAGUUUUGUAUUAUAUGGUAUUUCAGUUUAGCCUAGUUGCAUCUCUGUUUUACCAAAUGGAAAUUUGAGGCUUUAUGGUUUUUUAUACCCAUAAUUAGAAAGAUAUGCCAAGUUUAAUAAUUAUUGACAAAUUAAGAAAUAGACAAUUGUCACUUCCAAACAUUCUUGACUUAAAGCUUCACUAGUUAACUUCCA